AUGUCCAACAGCAGCUCCAUCACCCAGUUCCUCCUCCUGGCAUUCGCAGAUACACGGGAGCUUCAACUUUUGUACUUCUGGCUCCUCCUGGUCAUCUACCUGGCUGCCCUCCUGGGCAACGGCCUCAUCGUCUCUGCUGUAGCCUGUGACCACCACCUCCACACCCCCAUGUACUUCUUCCUCUUCAAUCUCGCUCUCCUUGACCUGGGCUCCAUCUCCACUACUCUUCCUAAAUCCAUUGCCAAUUCCCUGUGGGGCACCAGGGAAAUUUCUUACUCGGGAUGUGCUACACAACUCUUUUUCUUUCUCUUCUUGAUGGUAGGGGAGUAUUUUAUCCUCACCGUCAUGGCCUAUGACCGCUAUGUUGCCAUCUGCAAACCCCUGCACUAUGGGACCCUCCUGGGCAGCAGAGCUUGUGUCCACAUGGCAGCAGUUGCGUGGGGCAGUGCUUUUCUCAACUCUCUCCUGCACACUGGCAAUACAUUUUCACUACAACUGUGCCAGGGCAAUGUUGUGGACCAGUUCUUCUGUGAACUUCCCCAGAUCCUCAGGCUCUCCUGCUCAGACACCUACCUCAGGGAAGCUGUGAUUGUUGUGGUCAGUGUGUUUGUCGACUUCGGGUGUUUUAUUUUCAUUGCGCUGUCCUAUGUGCAGAUCUUUAGGGCCGUGCUGAGGAUCCCCUCUGAGCAGGGAAGGCACAAAGCAUUUUCCACGUGCCUCCCUCACCUGGCUGUAGUCUCUCUCUUCAUCAGCACUGCCAUGUUUUCUUACCUGAAGCCCGCCUCAGUCUCCUCCCCAACCCUGGAUAUGGUGCUGGCAAUCCUGUACUCGGUGCUGCCUCCAGCCAUGAACCCCAUCAUCUACAGCAUGAGAAACCAGGACCUCAAGGAUGCCCUGAAGAAACUGACGCGGUGGAUGCAGUUUCAAUGA